AUGAACAAGCAACUUGCUGAAUUUCAAGAGCAUCUACUCAAAUCCAAAAAAAUAGUAGCACUAGUAGGAGCUGGACUCUCUGCCUCGUCUGGUCUACCCGUAUUCCGAGGAUCGCAAGGACUAUGGAAAAACUACAAUAUGAUUGAUUUGGCUACCCCUGAUGCAUUCUAUAUAGAUCCAGGUUUAGUAUGGCAGUUUUACUCUUGGCGAAGAUAUGGUGCAUUAAAAGCGGAACCUAAUCGGGGCCAUAUAGCAUUAGCCAAGUUGUCUCAUUUGUCACAAUUGAAAUACUUGACGAUACUGCAGAAUGUUGAUGGAUUGUUGAGUCGCAAACGCAAAACUGGUGAUGAUGAUGAGACAUGUGUUCAUGAUCGAAGGAAGUUGUAUGAGAUUCACGGCAGCUUGUUUACCUUAAAAUGUACCAGCUUCAUGUGCAAUCAUGUGGAAAAGAAUAAUUUUGAUCAACCAUUGGCGCGAGCAUUGGCAGAAUCAGAGUUUGAGUAUUUGAACCAGAGGAAGAAAAGAAGUCGAGAUGAUGGUGUUGAUGAUGAUGGCCAAGGCAUAAAAGAAGAGGAGGGGAUUGACCCCAUUUCAAUACUAAAUAGGCAAGAUAUAUUUACAUCCACUUCAUCGUCGCCACAGUUUGAACCUGUGAAAACAAUCGAUGAGAAAGAUUUACCACGAUGUCCUGUAUGUGAAGGACUCAUGCGUCCUGGAGUAGUAUGGUUUGGUGAAUCACUACCAUUGGACUUGAUUACUGGAAUUGAUAGCUUUAUUGAGCAUGGUGACUCCCCUGAUUUGAUCUUAGUCAUUGGAACUAGUGGUACUGUUUACCCCGCCAAUAGCUAUGUUGAAAGGGUUAAAUUGAAAGGUGGGAAAGUGGCCAUAUUCAAUAUGGACAUUGAAGAUGAUGUGGUCGAUGGUAAGGUUGAAGGAACCUGGGGUUUCAAAGGUGAUGCGGCAGAGUUGUUGCCAAUCGCUUUAGAACCAUUGAUUGGUAAAAUUGGUUCGAAAGGAGUGGAGGUGAACAGUAGCAAUGAUGGAAAAUGA